AUGAGAAGGAAGCUAAGAAAUGGAAAGGUGGCCCGCGCUGGGAUAUGCCCAGGCGCGGGCGAAAUCGCUGGAGCGCUGAGGCAGUCGCGCGCGGCUAAGUCCCCACUGCAAGGGCGGGCUAGCGGCGCGCGCCCGAAAACCGCCGGCGCCGGCGCGCUGAGGCACUCGCGCGCGCCUAAGUCCCCACCACAGGGGCCAGGCUAGCAGGCGCGCGCAACGACCGAGGCGCCCCUGUCGAGCUGAGAGUGGACUCUUCACACCGGGUACAGUGACAAAGACGUAGAGGAGUUUGUUUGCAAUGCUUGCCUUGGUUCCAAAGGUCACCGCCUUCCCUUUCCCGACUCUGAGUCGCAUUCCGCCGAGAGACUUGGCCUCGUGCACAGCGACGUCCUGUCGUUCCCCACUCCGUCCUUGACCGGGAAGCGCUACCUUGUCACGUUUCUAGACGACCACUCUCGCAAACUCUGGGCAUAUGCGAUCGAUCACAAAAGCGAUGUUUUCCCGACCUUCCAGACUUGGCUCGCCGAAGUGGAGUUAGAGACGAACGCGCGGUUGAGGAUCCUUCGAACCGACAAUGGCGGGGAGUACCGAUCAAACGCAUUCACGGAGUUCUGCAAAUCCAAGGGCAUUCGUCGUCAAUACUCUAUCCCUUACACGCCUCAACAAAACGGUCGCGCCGAACGUGUCAACUAUGAGAUGAUCACCACUACUGUCAGGAGAAGUCGAGAGUCGAACAGAAGUGAUCUAUUUCAGCGUACCUAUGAGAUGAUCACCACUACUGUCAGGAGAAGUCGAGAGUCGAACAGAAGUGAUGAGAAGGAAGCUAAGAAAUGGAAAGGGGGCCCGCGCUGGGAUAUGCCCAGGCGCGGGCGAAAUCGCUGGAGCGCUGAGGCAGUCGCGCGCGGCUAA